AUUUCAGUCGAGUUUUCAAGGGAUGCAAAUUUAGCUAACUGUACAGACGGAACUGCAUGGAAUCCAACCUCUACACCGUUCUCAAAUCAAUAUGCCACGCAGCUACAAUCUACAGAGCCACUUCUUAAACCUUCGACUCAAAACCCAGUCUCCUAAUCGAUCCUCUCUCUCCAGCUUGUAUCAGCCUCCUAAAGGUAUGCUAUUUGGUGGCUGAAUUUGGUGUGUAUCUUAGUGAAUGCAACUCAUUUCUUGAAGUUCAUCGCCUUUUUGAACAACAUAUGGGAACUAGGGGAGUUAUUGGGGAUAAGUGGUCUAUGAGGGUUCUGUGGCUCUGUGCAAUUGGAAGUGCGGUCGGCCUGUAUAUGGUCGCCGUAGAAAGACAAACACAGAACAGGAAUCGCAUGCUGGCUGAGAAUUUGAAGGCUAUGGAAGGCGAAGGCGAAGGCAGUGGCGAGCAUGAGCAUGCUUAAAUACAGACAUAUAACAUGAUGAAGAGCUUAUAAAAACUUUUUUUUUUUUCAAAUUGGUGUCACAGGCUUUUGUCUCUGUGAUAAUAAGCUGUUUAUUUUCAAGUUUAGGGGGGUUGGUAGUAUCUUAGAAGUCAGAUGCAUCUUCUAACCAGGCGAAAAUAAAGAAUGACACAGAAAUUGGGUGGCUUGAUACAUUUUUACUUGUUGCCCUUCUCCUUAUUUGAUGCCAAUACUUGAUCUUGCGCUUAUAGAAGUGUUGGAGAAUGGCGCUUGAAGGAUAUAUUCUUGGAAAAUGGAAAUACCUAAUCUCCCUGACUCCUUGCAUCCCAUGCCAGCAGCGAUUGCCAUUAGACUUUCAUACAAAUUGGCUGUCCACCGGAAAUGCGAUUUCCAAUGCAGUUUGUAGUAUUUGUUCGUGAGAAGGGUAUCGAUCAUGCAUGACUACUGUAGGCUUUGAUGACAAUCACUAAUACCCAUAUUCGGGAAUUAUUUAAUAGUCAAUAUUUUAUUUUGUUGCAUAUAA